UACAAAAGCUCAGCACAGCCUGCUUCCACAUUGAGUUGCGUGCAGUCUCUUGAGCGAGUCGUGUGUGACACUUCACUCUCAGCAACGGUUAGUCGGCCUGAUCUCCAGCCACCAUGAAGUGCGGACUUUUGUUUUUGGUUGUUUUGUGCACUGCUGCUUCGGUUGCUGAGGACUUUAUAAAAAGCAGCCCUCCUGCCCCGGCGAUCGCUGAGUUCCAGUUCAGCACUCCUCAAGUGGGGGCCGAAGAGUUGGCAAACACAAUGGAGCAGAAGAAGAAGACAACUAAACGGCACACCACGAAACCAAAGCCAAUCACCACGACAACGAUACAGCCAAACACCACGACAACGGAAAAGCCCACCACAACGUCUGCACAGACCACCACAACGACUGCAAAGCCCACCACAACGACUGCAAAGCCCACCACAACGACCGCAAAGCCCACCACAACAACUUCAAAGCCCACCACAACCACUGGGAAGCCCACCACAACCACUGGGAAGCCCACCACAACGACUGCAAAGCCCACCCCAACGACUGCAAAGCCCACCACAACGACUGCAAAGCCCACCACAACGACUGCAAAGCCCACCACAAUGACCGCAAAGCCCACCACAACGACCGCAAAGCCCACCACAACGACUGCAAAGCCCACCACAACGACCGCAAAGCCCACCACAACCACUGGGAAGCCCACCACCACCGUCAAACCGUUGCCUCCCACACCAACACCUUCUGCCCACUUGAUCAUGGGAAAAUACAACAUCACCAAAAACGGCUCCAUAUGUCAGCUGGCUCAAAUGGCUUUACAGAUCCGCCUGGUGUCUGACAAGGUCAACGGAACCUUUAUUGUUCAGCCAGUCCUGACGAAUACAACCUCUUCAGCUUGUCAGGAAAAAACUGCCUCUCUUAACAUUACCUUUGGGGAAGGGUUCAUAUUGUUCAUAUACGAGAAGAACACCACCGGAAAUAGCGUCUAUGUGAAGGAACUGUCCUUCAGCCUCUUCUACCCCUUCGGCCCAGCAGCUGUCAAGUACUCCCAGCGCAACGAUUCCCUGCAUCUGUUCGCUGCCCAGGUGGGUCACUCCUACUCCUGUAGGAACGAGUCCAUCUACAUGGGCAAGGGACUCUACCUGGACGUCAAUCAAGACCGGAUGCAGGCCUUCAACUUCACCAAAAGCAAUGAGUUUGGCGUUUCCGACCCCUGCCCGGCGGACGUCCCCACUUACAGCGUGGCCAUCGCUGUGGGGGUCAUCCUCCUGGUACUCAUCAUCGUGGUGGUGGUGGCCUACGUAGUGGGCAGAAGAAGGAGAGCCAACGGCUAUCAGGCACUUUGAGCUUGACCCCGUCCGGAGUGGCUAUGCUAUAUGCUAUAUCAAACUGCUCUGAACAAAGGCUACGCAAUUAUUAUUAUCUAAUUGGCUACGUUUGGUGACUGUUGACGAGGUGGGGUCAAUAGUUAGACGUAGUUCCAGAAGUAAGCGUUGCAUAUGUGUGUGAUGUGUCCACUUUUUCGACAACAUCGUGGAUCAUAACGUCCUAGUUUUUCUACAAUGCUCCCCCUUAGUGGCAUAAUGGAGCAUCAUUACGUCCUCACCAAUCACUGCUGGAUGACCGAAAUACGCAAACGCACACUCUGACACGGUUUCAUCUAUUUCAAAAUGUCCAGCUGCAAAUCUUUUUGAGUGGUUGAUUGUUUUGUUGUGAUAGAAUGUUGUGCUUUGAUAUCCAAAAUAGAGUCAUAUAAUUUGAGCAGGGACAAUGUGCUUGUGAUUAAAAAGGGAAUAAUGUAACGCAUGGUUUGUGUUAAGGGAACAUCAUUUCUUCGCGAAACCUUAUUGCACUGAGAUUAAUGCUCAUAACAAGCAGCCAGUGUCUGAAUGUAGCUUAAUGUGAAAACGAAUGUGCAUCUGCUAAUUCUGCCUGUCUUUAUUACUGUACAAACCACGAAACACAUUAUUAUUUUAAAAGUGCACUUUUGUUGCUAUGUUAUGUCCUAGAUUUCAUCCAUGAGUCCAGCUUUUCACGAAAUAAAUCACUUUAGGCCACUGACCAUUUUGUAAUAUGUCUUUCCCACUGAUAAAGACCAUUUAUAUACAGCCUCCCGUAAUCAUUUUUAAUAAAAGUACUCAGUCUGA